CAGAGAGAGUCUGAGACACACAGCAACUGAGCAACUCACACACACACAAACAGAGACAGACGCACAAUCUCAGCUUGUAUGCUUGUGUUUGUCCUUCGCCAAGUGUAUGCAAGGAAGAAAGGAAGGUGUUUCGAAAGAGAUUACUCCUGAUCUGCUUGUCAUUCUGAAGGUGAAACUCCACAGAUAAUGAUUGAUGGAAAUGAGUGCGCAAAAUCUCCUUGGUGGGAAAUGACUGAAAAUGUGCACAACGGCUGUGAUAUAAUGAAUGAAGAUGAUGAUAACGUCAAACUACAGAAUGAAGAGACAAUUGGAGAAAACAAGGUGGAGGCUGUCCCUGCCCAGCAGCGUGAUGCUGAGGUACAAACAAGUCCAGUCCAGAUGGCAAACAAGGAGAUGCAGACACAGACCAUUCCACGAUUGGAAUUGACUCAGGCAUCACCCAUCUUAAGGCCCCUUUUAUGUCCGGAAUCAGAUGUUCCUCAGAGCCCAUGCUUCCAGUUUGACAGGUUGGCAUCUGCCAGGGUCUCCUUAUCUCCUUCCUUUCGGAAGCUAAAGAAAAAGGUAUCGGUCCAACCGCCAACACUACCGCAGAAAUGUCAGGAGGUGAGAAAGGAUGGCAUUGAGGAGCCCACGGCUGACAAUGAUGCCUCCACACCUGCAAACGGUACAGACAAGCUCGUUCCUUCCUCUGUGCCAUCAUCGGACAUCAUAGAGAAUGUGGCUGUAGCUAAAUUGGACCAACAUCCUACGGCUGAUUUAUUGACAGAUGAUCAAAGACACCUUCACUUUGAGGAACCCCCAACACAGCCACAAGAGCCUCAGGCGGUCACAGAAAUUAAUGGUGUGGACAGACCAUUGUCUGUGAAUCCAGAGGGUGGUGAUCAUCAUAUUGUUUGUGAACAGUCUGCGACGGACCAGGAAAAUCUCUCUCUUUGGGAAAGACGGAGAGGGGAUAAAAAAAUUGCUUUGCCUACAGUUUCGCAACAGACAGCUGAUGAUUCCAUUCCCCGAAGGCACAGCACCGAGCGCAGACGUACUUCAGUUGUUGUCUCUUUACCGGGUCUCGACGUGUUUCCUGGAGACUUACUUAUUUCAGACGGUGCUGAUAGUCUAACCUCAGCAUUGACCCCAAACACAGACACAAAAAAGUCAAAAUGGCCCUUCACAAGGCGAGGAAUGGUACAAUCCAUCAGAGAAGCCAAGAACAAAGGAAAACAAAAGCAAACCUCGGAGCUGGAGAAUGUCCUGGCAUCGUUAAAACUCACAGAGCAGAAAGAUUACGGCUUCCAACAGUACCAGUAUAAAUGCUGGACACAGGUGAUGGAGACACAGAGCCUGACAGCGCCUGACACUGACCUGGAGACUUGUUCCCUCAAGAGAGAUGAGAAGCUGCAGGAGGCCUUGUGGGAGGUUUUCACCAGUGAAUGUACAUACUUCCUGGACCAACUUCUGGUGAUGCAGGAGGUAUUUCUCAAAACACUGAAAUAUCUACAGAGCAGAGGCUGUCUUGUGGAUGUUGAUUACCGGAGACUGUUUGGAAACCUUGAUGAAUUGUGCAAGGUGAGCCAGGAGUUGUUGACCAGCCUCCUGAGUGCAAUUGAACGCUCCAGGGAACUCUCGUCUUCCAUCUCUGUGCUGUCAAAGUUUCAGGAGGAUGUGUGUCAGACUCACCAGAUGUAUUGCCUGAAUUAUUCCACAGGAAUCCACUACCUUGAAACCCUGAAGACAAGAGAGGACUUUGGAAUUUUUCUUAAAUGGGGUGAGCAGAACAAGCUGUGUAAGCGGCUGCACUUGUCAGACCUGCUGGUGUCACCGCUGCAGAGGUUCACCAGAUACCCUUUACUGCUCAAGAACAUUUGGAAGAGAAGCACCGACCAAGGAGAGAAGCUGACUGUCCACACCAUCAUUGAGCACGUGGAUAAAUCCAUUUGUGAUCUUGAGGGGAAGGUAAAAUGGCUGGAAAGUUUUCAGAAAAUUCAGCAGCUUCAGGAGAUGAUUGUAUGGCCUCCAAUCUGGGAAAGAAACAAGAACGUUUUUGUUCCAGAGUGUCUGAGACAUACCCUGAAAGAUAGCACGAAAGAGGGAUUCUUCACAUCUCCAAACAGACAGCUUCUACACGAAGGAAAAUUAGGACUUACAGGAAAUAAUAAAAUCCUAGAUGUGUAUUUGGUUCUAUUUGAUGACUUUCUCUUAAUCACGAAGAUUAAACGCAUUAAAAAGAGAUUGUCAGGAGUCUUCGAAAUUGGGCUUACAAGCCCGACCUUGAAUCCUGAAUUGCACUCCAUGGUCAGAGACGGGAUGAUAUGUGCCGUAUUUGAUCAGCCAAUACCUCUGAACAGAUUGCUGCUUAAGAACAUUGAUUCAUUCUAUGCAAACUCUUGUGGACUCCAUUAUGCUUUCAUAGUAAUCCAUCAAAACAGGUAUCAUCAGUCCAUAGGAAUGUUCACACUUCAAGCACAGUCAGAGGCUAACAAGAGAACCUGGAUGUCCCAGAUAGCAAACGCAAUCACCACUUUCACACACAACCAAGAUCCUCAACGAACACCAGUUGAAAGUUCCUCAGUGCGAGAGUCAUCGGAAAUCUAGUAACACUACAACUCUCCAGGUUUACUGCUUCACAACGAACAGCUCUUAGCUUGGUCACCUACGGACUGAACGAGAGACUGUCCAUCCAUUUUAAAGUCUACCUCGGGAUAUUCAUUAGAAAAAUGGAAUGACAACAGCAACUUGCAUUCACACAGCGCCUCUCACAAUGGGCAG